AUGGCGUCUCGAAGUGUUGACAUCUAUGAGAGACUCAAUAUGGUGGCUCAAGAUGGGGAUAUUGAGAGACUCUACGAGUUGAUAGCAGAAUAUCCAAAUAUUUUGGAACACUUUGAUAAUGUGUCUUUUUGUAAAACGCCGUUACACAUUUCAGCUGAAAAAGGGCAAACUCAUUUCACCAUGGAGUUAAUGACCCUUAAGCCGUCACUUGCUUUGAAGCUAAACGUCUCAGGUUUCAGCCCGAUGCACUUAGCCCUGCAAAAAAACCACAUCCGAAUAGUGAGAGGAUUUUUGGCAAUUGACAGCAGCUUAGUCAGCAUCAAGGGAAGAGGAAGGAUUACUCCUUUGCAUUAUGUGGCUCAGUUAGGUAAUGAAGAGUUGUUGAGUGAAUUCUUGUUUGCUUGCCCAUCUUCUAUAGAAGAUCUGACCAUUAAGUGCGAGACAGCUGUGCACAUUGCUGUGAAAAGCAACCAGUUUAUGGCAUUUAAGGUUCUUUUAGGAUGGGUUCGGAGAGUGAACCGGGAGGAAAUCUUGGAUUCGAAAGAUGAAGAUGGUAACACAGUUUUUCAUAUUGCUGCAUCGAUAAAUCAAACUGAGAUACUGACGUUGCUACGUAAUACUGUUAACGUAAAAGCCAAGAACUUGGAUGGUAAGACAGCAAUGGACAUACUCGAAACUUACAAGUCUCCUAUUUUCCCCAAAGCAACUAGGCUUGUCUGCAAUGCUAAAGAAAUACUACUUUUUGGUCCCUCGAUGACACUUGCGGGAUAUUUAAGUAGAAAACCAUCGACCAUUGAGGGGAAAAAUAAGCUCUUAGGGCUGAACAAUUUGAGCAAGACCAGACACGGGUCUCGAGAAUCAACUGAUUUCCGUAAUGCGAUACUAGUAGUGGCUGUACUGAUAGUAACAGCCACAUACCAGGCCGGUCUUAGUCCUCCUGGCGGUUAUUGGGAAGAAAACUCCCCUAAUGAUGAUCACACAGCUGGGCAGAUGACAAUGUCUUUCAACCUUGCCUUGUUUUUUACAUCUUAA